AUGAUAUUUGAUAUUCUCAUGCUCAUAAUAUGUUGUGCGCUUACGUGUCAUCUCGGGAGCGUUUCUAAUGCGAUCAGUUCACUAGGGCACAAAGGAUCAAUUGACAACACGAGUGCGUAGUUUAAAUUUAUAACGAAACGAUAUUUAAUACGUAGAUUGUAUUGAUUGUGUAGAUACGCGUACUUAUACUCACUUAAAUAAUGGCUUCUAUAAUUUAUAGUAUUUUACGGUUUAUUAAAUAUUAUUUAAACAUAUUUUUUGAAUAAAUAGUUUACAUAUAAUAUCAAUAACAAAUAGAAAUAUCCGGAAAGUGUAUUCCUUUUAUAAAAAUUCUUUAUGUUCACAUUAAGUAUUAGAUUUUGCAUUUUUUAUCAAUUUACAUAGGUUUUUUACGACAGAAAAAUUAAAAAAUACAUUUCUGAAAAUUAUUUCGUAUCUCUACGUUAUUAUGUAUACAAAUAUUAUAGACAUUUGAACUUAGAUUAAAUAUUGUAAAAUGAAAUGUUAUUUUUUACUUAUAGGUAGAAAUGAUUUAAUAGAACUGAACGCAAAACAAGAUAUAUUAUUCCAUGAUUUAAACAUUAUAAUUACAGAUCAUCAAAAUGUUAUUGAGUAAGUUGAACAUUUUUUUUUUUAAUAUUUAAAUUGCAAUUACCUAUUUCCAAAGUUGAAAGUAUUUAUACAAUCAUAAAUAACAGAAUAUAAAUUAAACUGCCAGAGUGUUUAUUUUGUUACUUUUUACACCCAAAUUGACUCAUAUUCAAAAUUGACCUUUUGCAUAAAAAUAUGUACGGAUAUGUUAUUCAACCAAAGCACCCACACCAAUUCUGCCUCCACGAGAGUAAACACUCGUGGCUAAUCUGUGUGUCUGACUACUCCAUGUGGAAAGCAGCCAGUCACCAUUUAGAAACGCGGCUUUUAUUAAUUAAACGAUGUAAACACUGGUAGCUUGUUGAACGAGUGGUGUGUUCGCGUGGAUAGUCACUAGAAGACAAACCGCCACCAAAAAGAAAACAAACGAAAGAUAAAGAGAAAGAGAGAGAGUGAUCCGUAAUCAAGAUAUUUACUCCACUGAACAUAAACACAUUGAAUCAUUGAAUACUUCUGCUUUGUGAUACGUACUACGUAGUAAGUUGUGGAGUGUAGAAGUAGUAGGAGUGUUGAUGGUGGGGUGGUACUGUAACGGAAAAUUCAGUCAUGGAAAAUAGGUUAUAUCCUUAGCAAAAACAUAUUAUACAUAGGUUAUUUAUGUAUUUAUAAUAUAUUUUGUUAAAAAACAAAGGUUUUUUUUUUUUUUUUUUGAACUUAAUAAACAUGUUAGCAAUAAUAAUAUUUCAUGAAAUAUUUCGAACACUAGAAAAGCUGUUCUCAAGCUGUAGGCAACAUGGUAGUACAUAGCAUUUUUCAAUGAAUCUAAUACUAUUUUAUAGAUAUGUAAAUAAAUAAUUUAAUUAUAGAAAUAGAUAAAUUAAUUAAUGCAUCGUCUGGAGUACCUAUUGAGAUAUGUAUGUUAUACGAUCGGUUUCAAAUUAAAAAUUCUUCAUCAGGUAAAUCACAAAGUCAAAAAGUAAAACGCGACUGAAUAUGAAAAAAUAAAUGUUUUUUUUUUUUACAAAAUAAUAAUAAUAUAUCUAUACAUUUUAGAUAAUACAUAAUAACCAAAUAGUUUAUAUUUCUUAACAUAUCUAUGUCUAAUAAUAACUAAUUUUAAAUAAUAUCUCCCAUCAAAAUAAAUUAUUUCUAUGUAAAACGACCAAUUUGUAUAAUUUUUUCUCCAUGUGAUCCUUCAUUUAUUUUUCCAAAUUCAGUCGCGUUUUACUUUUUGACUUUGUGAUUUACCCGAUGAUGAGUUUUUAAUUCGAAACCGACCGUACAAUACACUUAUCUUAAUACGCCAGGCGACGCAUUAAUUAAUUGAUUAAUGUAUUUCUAUAUUUAUUUACGAGUACCUAUUAACCAUUUAAUAAUUUUGUUUUUACUUUAUUAUUUUCCAUUCUCUAUUUUUAAUUCGUAUAAUGUUAUUUAUAUUUUAGUAUUUUACUGUCUUAUGCAUAAUACAUGUACGCAGUACACGAAAAACAAAUUUGAGAACCUCUGCACUAGGCGAUUCACAAAAGUAAAAUCUCUAUAUUCACCAGUUAUACAAUAUAAAUCUUGUUGGAGCAACGUAUUGUAUAAUAUACUUACCGUUCCCGUGCAAUUUAUUGUGUUUUAGGAUAAAAAUGAAAUUAAACUAUUGAGUUGAGGCGAGGUUAUCAACAAACUUGUAUAAUUCAAGUCGGGUUCAUUCAAAUAAUUGCUUAUAAGAAGAAUAUUAUUAUUAAAUUAUAGUAUACUAUGGUACUUUACGUAUCCUACUAAAACCGUUCAUAUAACUCGUAUUUAAGUCAGCCAAGUUUCGUUUCACGAAUACAAAUACAAAUUAAUAUUUUAUUUUUGUGUUAAUCUAUCGAAAUAUUAUAGUUUUUUUUUUUUUUUUUUUUAUUACAGAAAACUGAACGAAUAUUUAAAUAUUUUCCGGGCGGUAAUAUUAGUGCAGAUAUUUAUAGCUUCGAAUUCACAUGUAAUUAUUUGGUUCAUUGCUGCACUGGUAUGUUGUUUAUACAAUUAUUACAAUGAUCAUUUCUAAAUACAGACACGAUAAUACAGGGAGGUACAGGGGGAGCAUUAUCUCCAGCCACCACAUUUCAAGGAGCGUUAUAAUCUUUUAUAUAAAUAUAUAUUUUUUUUUUCUAACAACAAAACUCAUCCAACAAUUUACACUCAGUCAGCAGGACUUAAAAUAAUGUGUUUUAGAUCCCAAAGUGUAAAGCACAAAAUGUCAAGUGCACAGCUCGAAAUUCCAAUGUCUUGUAAAAAAAUGCGUUCUUACAAAAUGGCGUUAAAAGAGCAGUACCCCAGGGUUAGGGGCGUUCUUAGGAGAGGACAGAUAGGACGCAGGUCCAAAUUAAUAAUAAAGCAUGAAAAUAUUUAAAAUUUUGCCCUGGGUUUUACAAAUCCUAAAAACGGCCACAUUCAAGACAAUAAUAUUGUAAACACGUUUCUACGAUAAUCUCCAAAAUGUUAUACGCUGCAACACACUAGCUGUAGACCUAAAUAAUUUAUUAUCUUGACAGAACAUUAGUGCCGAGGACUAAUAGAUGGCGCUAAAUAGAUCAAGAAAGAUAGACAUGUGAUAACUAACUGAAGCGUGAGAGAGUCUAACUCUGAUUCCGAGAAUAGCUAAAUUAAAACACCAUGUUAUUUUCAUUAUUUGGUCCUCGUCAUGGUUUAAAAUAGUUACAGAACGCUCUAAUAAGCAGCGGAAAACCUUCUCGUCUGCCAUAUUCUCUAAAGUUUUUUUUUUUUUCUUUUAAGACAGUAAGUGAAUAAUAUUCGAAAUUGUCAAGACUAUAGAAACAAUUUUUUAAAAUCGCAAAGUUAUUUGUCAUGAUAAACAAAAUUGUUUUAUGCAAUAAAUUUUACAUUGAUAUCCUCGGUCACGGGAAAAAUUAGUUACUAACAAUUAUUUAGUCUAUCGAAACAUUAUAUUAAAGCAAUUUAAUAGAUUGGGCUGUCAUAAAAACGGUUUUUUUCAAAGAGAACAUUCACUGGAUACGUGAAUCACUGCUCGUUGCGUAUAACCAUUUCUAUCUAUAACCGAAGUCCCCGCCAAAGAGGAAAACGGGCGGAGACCGUGCAUUAUCAUAUUGAAAUUUGAAUGUUUCGGUUAGAGUUUAGACGGAGCAUUUAGACUCGUACAAGUAUAUAUAUAUAUAUAUGUAUAUAUUAUAUGUUUGCAGCCGUUGUACUCGUUUUGUUAAUUGAGAAAAUAUCCGUAAAGAUAUGCAUGCAAUAUCCGAUAUACAGUGUUAACCAUACGACUUAAAACUCUAUGUACCUACCCAUCCAAAUGUUUAUAUGUAUUUAUAAAAUACAUAAUUUUAAUUAUACAAUGCGCGUAUGUGUGGUUCAGAAUUUUUCUAAAGUUUACAACGGAGAGUCACUAUCGAGUUUAUCGUUGACGGUAAAGCUGUUUUUUCUACUGCCCAUAUUUACCAUUCAACUGUUCAUGACGUGCUACUUAUUUGAGACUAUAAACGAAAAAGUAAUACGACCAAUGUUUUUAUUUUUGUAUUAUCACUCGAUAAUUAUUAACGUUGCAUAAUGGUUGUCAUUAAUUCGAAUUCUUAUAAACCGUUUUUUACGUUCAGAAAGAUUCAAUCAUUUUGGCGUUGUACAGUAGCAAUUGGAUUGACAUGGACAUAAGGAAUAAAAGGUUAAUUUUGCUUGCGAUGAAAACGAAUAAUUCGAACCAGUUGAAAAUGAAGUUCACAUACACAAAAAUUGUUAAUUUGGAAAUGUACAGCAACGUACGUAUAAAUCAGCGCUAUUCAAUCGGACCGGUUUAUUUUAACCGAUUAACCGACCCGGUUAUGACUAAUUUGAACGAUAUCUGCUCAACUUGGUCAUAACCGAAUUAGGUAAUUUUGGUUAAACCGGCCAAAACUAUUAACCUAGUAAAUUUGUUUGAAAUAAAAUUAUUUAUUAGUUUCUAUAGAAUUAUAACACGCAGGUGUAUUCAAACACAAAACUCUCAAAGAAAAAUAAUUUAAAAACAAAAAUAACAACGCGUAUACAUUAAUAUCGGUUUAUUUUGAUUAUUUGAUGUGGCCUUGCGUCGAAAAACCCGGGACAGAAUUAAGUUUUAUGGAGAAACGGCGACGGCGAUUUUUUUCCUUGGUAUCGUGUUAGUUAGUUUUCAAUAUUUCAUAAUCGGUGUUCGCAUAAAUGCGUAAUAUUAUUCUCCUUGAACGUGAUCCAAGAUCAAACAUAUUAUUAUUGAUAUCGUAACAUUUAUAUAACCCUUGGCUCUUCUGAAACUGUUACACGGUCACAUUGUUACCGCCGACAUUGCCGUUUACAACUUGUACGACUUGACAAUAAAAGAAAUGAAAAAAAUCUCACCUAUCUAGGUAUAUUUUCAAUUUUUUUUUUAAGUAUAUUACACUCUAAAAACUGGUACCUAAUCAUUUCUAGUUAUUAAUACUGCAUAAUAUUAUAUAUAUUUUGUUUUGAUUUGCAGACCAUGCGGUUAUGUUAUUCGAUAUUUUCCAUGCUGAUCAAAUAUAACCAAAAUAAAAUAACAUCGGAUUGA